CCAGCUUGCAGAUUGCCAUGGUGGGAACAUGGCAUUGAUUGAUGUUUGGCCGUGGUGGUGUGCAUAACAGACGUCGUGUGCCCUGUUUCCUCUUUCGGACAGGCCGAGGACAGACGGGGGCGGGCCAGUUUCAAACACGCACACGCUAUUCCUUCGCCCUUGGACUGAUGCGAUACAGAUUUGCACCUGGCUGCACAACCAUCUCGAUGGAUCAUCUGUCAAAUAGCUACAUCACUCGCAAUUAUUUCAUCGAUGCAGGAAAAUAAGCUGCAUGCCCCUGCUCGACC